CUUCGCCGCCGCCUUUCACUCUUUCCGUUUGUCGCUCCCUCUUCUUCUUCUUCACCGGUUUUAACUUCCGGCCAACUCUUUGCUCCCAAGCAGCUCAACUUCCUCUGGCAUACUUUCCUUGGUUUAAUUCUUUUGACAAAAACUGGUGCUUUGAUUUCAACGACCCGGGUCCUGCCUCUCUCUGUUCUUCCAUAGGUGGGAGCAUGUAUUUGCAGUAGUUGCUCUCUGGUUCCUUCAUUGGCAAUGUGGAGAUCACCGGCGAUGGCUUGUAUUGUUAGAAGGUUAACUCGGGUUCGACCGGGAGUACAAACCCUUAGUUCUAGCUAUGGUUCAAUGCCGCAGGCUCAAUUCUCUGAUAGGGAAGAUGCAAAAGAUCAGUCUUCUUCAGAGGCACAAUUCAGUCAUCAAGCUGCAUUCCAAAAUUUGGACCAAAAUGCUGCAAGUGUGCAGAAGGAUAAAAUAGGGAAGAAUAUUUCUAGAAAGGAGAAGACUGGCUUUCUUAUUAACACAGAAUCUCUCAUAUCUGCAGCUCAUGGAUCUCAAGGAUAACAAAGAAGGUAUUUAUGGUGCUCUGGAUGCUUGGGUUGCAUGGGAACGGGAAUUUCCCAUUGGUCCACUUAAGCAUGCUUUGCUGGCUCUUGAGAAGGAACAUCAAUGGCAUCGGAUUGUUCAGGUGAUUAAAUGGAUUUUGAGCAAGGGUCAGGGAAACACAAUGGGUACGUACGGGCAACUGAUACGUGCAUUGGAUAAAGACCACCGAGCGGAGGAAGCACAUUCUGUUUGGGUGAAGAAAGUUGGUACAGAUCUUCAUUCCGUGCCUUGGAAGUUAUGUAGCAUGAUGAUAUCAGUAUACUACAGAAACAACAUGCUAGAUAGGCUUGUUAAGGUAUGGUGCUAGUUUUCGUUUCCGUUGAUGAAGUAUGGGCCUGUUUUAGCUACUACAUUUCAUAUUUCUCCUUAGAUUCACUGCUUGGAAUCAACUCAAUUCAAGACUAAUAUGAUUGUGCAUCUUAAAGCUUUUCAAGGGCAUGGAAGCAUUUGACAGGAAACUCUAUGACAAGGUUAUAGUCCAGAGAGUAGCCAAUGCGCAUGAGAUGCUAGGGAUGCCAGAAGAAAAAGAACGAGUACUCCAAAAGUACGCUGAUGUUUUUGCUGAGACCGAGAAGAAGCAACGGUUUAAGAAGAGAUCCAAACAGUCUCCUACAAAGGAAAAGCAAUAGGGUGAAAUUAUUUUUGCUUGAUACACUUUUGAUGCAAUCCAAUGAAUGAUUCACAGGGGAAGCUUACAGUAUUUUGUUCGUGUUCAUGAUAGUGAUAACAGUAUUUGUGAUUGUCGGGCAUAAACAUGGACAGUAAGAAGUUCAAUAGAA